CUCAGUGUGUUGUUGCUGCCCGCACACCAACCGGCAUUGGAGCUUGCGCACUCGGUUCGUCCAGACUCGUGUGCAUCGCCGUCGUUCCACCGCCCGUUCGAACCUGCGGCCUCAGCGGCAGCGUGUGCUCCCGUCCUGAGCCCGUCGCACGCUUCAAGCUGUCGAAAUGGAUGUGCAGAACAAUUAUUCUGACUUUUUUGAAGGAACUGAGAAAUUACUGGAGGUGUGGUUCAGCCGCAGUGACGGAAAGGAUGAUAACUGCGACCUCCGCAGGAUCUCCAGAGACCAUUGGGAGUCGCUGCUGCAAGUGGUCAAGUGUGAGAUCAUCAGCUUCAAGAAGAAUGAACAUCUUGACUCGUAUGUGCUUAGUGAGAGCAGCAUGUUUGUGUCCAAGAGGUGCUUCAUUCUCAAGACUUGUGGCUCCACCACAUUGCUGAAUGCAGUCCAGCCUCUGCUCUAUAUUGUCCAGGAGCUAACAGGCUUCAAUGAAGUGCUGGAUAUUUUCUACUCCCGCAAGAACUUCAUGAGACCAGAAUUGCAAACCAAGCCACACACCAGCUUUGAGGAUGAGGUUGAGGUUUUGGAUCGCCUUUUUCAGGAUGGUGCAGCCUACUGCAUGGGCAGAAUAAACCACGACUGCUGGUACCUGUACACUUUGAACACUCCUCUGGGCUAUCGUGGAUUUCAAGUGGCUGAUCAGACCCUGGAGGUGAUCAUGCAGGACUUGGAUCAGAAAGUGAUGAGUAUCUUCACCCGAGAGGGAUCUUCAAGUGCCAGGGAUGCGACACAGAAGUCUGGCAUUGACCGGCUGUACCCAACAGCCACACUUGACGAGUAUCUCUUCACUCCCUGUGGAUACUCGGUUAAUGGUAUUCUCAAAGGAGGUUAUUACUUUACGAUCCACAUCACGCCCGAGCCACACUGCUCCUAUGUGAGCUUUGAGACCAACGCUCCACAGGACAACUACCAUGACUUGGUUACUACUCUGCUGAAGAUGUUUCUUCCAGGCAAAUUUGUGAUGACACUGUUUGCAAACAAGCUUUCAGUGGCUGCCAAAGGGAUGAAGGAGAGCUGCAACACCGAGUUCCGCAACUACAGCCGCAAAGAGCUGCAGGUGUGCCGCUUCAAUGCGUACGACCUGACAUAUGCACUGUUUGCCAAGGCCCCUAGUUGAGGCCCAUUGAGCCACCUUGUCUGGACAUGCCUCUUAACUGCCAGGUGGCAGCCUUUUCUUGUCACCACAGCAGAUGGGUGGUGAGUGUGUCACCCUGCUGUUCCAGCUGUAAGCGACAAGCACUGGCGUUCCUCACCCACCCCAGAAAGACCCAGGACCAUGUCCGUAGGAUUUUGGACGCCGUGCUUCAAAGACAGGGCGGGCCUUGGACAGGCUCGGCCUCAUUCUCUUCUCGGUCCUUUUCUCCUUUUGCGAUGUUACUUUCGGGCAUUCCAUUUUGGCUCUGAAGAUGCUUGGCAUGGUAAAUGAAUUGGGCAUUCGUGAGAAUGUUCAUGAUGCCCAGUUAAACCAUCCCGUGGUCUUUCACUAGGCUGUUUAUAGCAAUCUGGCCCCACACUUUAUGUAGUUUCUCUGCAUGUGUCUAAUGCGGGUUUCUCUCCAGCCACAAUGUGCUGGCUGUCGUGCUGACAGGGACUGCUGCACCCCAGUCCCACGUCGGAAGCUCCUGCGUGUGAGCAGCCUUCUACUAUAAAGAUCUAAAAACCAAAGAAGUUUUUAUGUGUCUCAUGCCAAGCUCUCUGUGCCAGUUACAAAACAUUUGUUUCUCUACAGUGUAUCUUGACAUCCCCCCCCCCCUUUUUGGUUUUGUUUUCUGCAUCCAAGCUGUUUGUGUGUGUGUGUAAUAUAUAUAUACACACACACACACACACAUAUAUAUAUAUAUAUAUAUAUAUAUAUAUAUAUAUAUAUAUAUAUAUAUAUAUAUAUAUCCUGCACCAAACUUUCUUUAUUUACGUGUAACACCUUUACUUUCUUUGACUUUUUUUAAUGAGCGCAAUUUUUGCCCCACUAAAGCUGUUCCAAAGGUUCACGAGGAAUGGCUUGCAGACAGCAAGGCAAGCAUUGUGUGGCUGCAGCCAGCAUCAUCCCAUUUGCUCACCAAUUACCUUUCAGUCUAACUUGAACGAGAUGCAGGUGCCUGGCUCACGAGGUUGCCAGGUCAUUUUGCGAGCGCACUGCUUCCUCAUCAGUGCGAACAAAGCAAAUGAUGGGGAUCCACAUAAAAGCCAGAAUUAGCAUUGGUUGGGCAUUAUUAGCAGGUGGACUCUCAUAUAGGGAUUUUCCACAGGAUACAUUGAUGGAUGCAGCCAUGCACUGUCAGCAUUGACCAAACUACUCAAGAGGCACGGCUUUUUAGAUGAAAACCUGUGGAGGAUGUCAGCAGAGCAGUAGGGGCCUUGACACAGUCCAGCACAAAAACAAUGCCCACAAGCGUAGCAGUUGUUUUCCAGGUUUUUCUGCUCAGUCUUGACGACUUAUAGCUGCAUCAAAGCUGUUCCUAGGAACACUGUCAAGCAAUAAAACAUAACAUACAGGGCAUCUUGAUGCUGACUGUGCCGACAUUCCUCCUGACACUUCUUGAGAUCAUUGUUCCUAGAUUUUUAGCUUGUGUGUUUGUCUGUUAUAUUUUCAACGUGAGUGUUCUGAAACGCGAGGCAUGUCCAGACGAGGUGAUGAGGCUGAUGAGGCAUUUUCGGGGGAGCUUAAUGUGUUCUUCCUUCUCGAAUAAUUCUCUUACUCUUAAUGUGGUAUUUUUAUUUUCUAGUGAUAGUGCAUUGGGCCUGUAUAUGCAUAAUGCAUAUACACAAGUGUAACCUUGAUGAUGAAAAUCAAAAAUGUUCUCCAUGGUACUUGUAUGAGCCUUGUGUUUCAAUAAAUGACAAAAGCAA